CGUGUAAUGGCGUGAUCAUUCAGUAGAAGCCAUUCGAGUAAUUUAUGGAUUCGUUGAUUCCAACAGUUCUCCUGGUGUACCUGAAAUAAUGUUGACAAUAAAAUAUCGUAUUUAUGAGAUGUUUAAAUGGACUACCAGUGUUCUGGCAGCACGGACAAUGACACCCAUCAGCAUCGAUUGCAGAAUACGUGCGAAGCAAAUUGUCAUUCCUUCAGACAAUAGCCAGGGAAACAGAUGCAUGGCGAAUGAAUUGUGCAAAGGCCGUUCCCGUGAGAUUGUUAAUAAGGAAAUAAGGAUAUUUUGUGAAAUUUAUUGAACUAUUGUGUUUGCUAAAAGAUAUCGGGUUAAUGUGCGCUAGGAACGGUACUAAAUGGUGAUUUGUGAAAUAGACUGCUAUUCAAUUAGUACCCCCUAUAUCCAAUAGCCCGACGCCACUUCUGCACAUACGUUUGCAUUAUUCUCUGCCUUUAUAGUAGGAUCAGGUAAAGAUUAUUACCUAAUGAUUAAUCAAAUAGAAUUAUAAUCACUACUUGGUUGUUUAGGUGGCAACGACUAAAUUUCUCUGUGUAGGCUAGAGUCCUGAGCCGGUAAGGAAAGACUAAAUGUACGCACUAUUUGAAUUCCCUUAAAACGUAAAAAUAAAAGUUGCAUUUCUUUUAGCUUUGAGCUGCGCAAAUUAAAGCCUGCUGCGAGAUUUUUUCCUCUACCAACAAACUCAAAGAUUUACUUCAUGAUGCCUGAGAACGAAGUCUACGAUUGCGGCGCUUGCGAGCGACCGAAUUCCGCCGAUGUGGGUAUGGUGGCGUGCGAUAGUUGUGCCGUUUGGUACCACUACGUUUGUGCCGGAGUUUCGCCAGGAAUCCGCGACCGAACGUGGAGAUGUGGUAAGUGUCAGCCCGUGCUACCUCCGGAAAUCACCGGGACGAAGAAGAAGACGAGUAAAAAGCUUCCGGCGAGCUUGAGUGUCCUCGGUGCGACGAGUGAGAUUACGAAGACAAGCAACGCCGAACUGAAGAAAACGUCCGACAAGUCCAAAAGCUCUGCGAAAUCCAAGGCUAUGGCUGUUUCCAACGCCGCCGCGGGCGGUGAACCCUCCGCCGGAAAUGUGACUCCGAUAAAGAAUCCGGAAGUUGUAAUUUCUACCAAACCGUCCGAUAGGGAGAUGCGAUCUUCCAAGUCCAGUACUUCAACCACCAGGGCUCGAGCGCAAUUAGCAUUGCAGCGAUUAGAGGAUGAGCGACUGUUGGAGGAACGGAAAUUGAAGCAGGAACGGGCGCGGCUGGAGGAAGAAAGCAUCCGGCUGGAGAAGGAGAAACUACUAAAGGAACGGGAGCACGCUAUUCAGGCUAAGGAAUUGGCGAUACAAGAGAAGUACUUGCGGGAGAAGUUCGAGUUGGAAGAUCAGAUUGCUGACGAGGAAAGCAGCCAAAAUUCUAGCGUUUCGGGUCGCAAGAGUAGGACCAAGGCCUGGUUGAAAAGUCAACACGAACUAAGCCAGCACAGCAGACAUAACGAUUUGGCAAGUUCAAUUCGACCACCACAAGUCGACGCGGGAAGCGAACGCGGAGAAGCCCACAGACCAAACGUUUUGGACGGGGUUUCCAACUUUCGGACGGAGCGCGAUGGUUCCGACAACCGACGUCGUUACUACGGAGUUGAACCGAAUGCUUCCAGGUUGCCGCAUGAGGACGAAGGAUCCGUGAUGAGCUCACACGGGGUGGGGCCAAACGCCGCCCAGAUAGCUGCGAGACAGAUUUGGCCGAAGAAGCUUCCCACAUUUUCGGGUGAUCCGGAAGAAUGGCCGAUAUUCGUCCACAGCUUCGAGUCGGCCAAUGCCGCGUGCGGUUUUUCGGACGUAGAGAACGUCAUUCGUCUACGCGAGUGUUUGCGAGGUCCAGCACGAGAUGCCGUCGUCACGAAGCUCAUGUUUCCCGAAAGCGUCAGAGCGAUUAUGGACACCCUGCGGCGAUUGUACGGCAGACCGGAGAUUUUGGUGAAAAACCUACUUGACAAGGUUCGUCGGGUGGAGGCACCAAAGCCUGAGAGACUGGAUUCGUUGAUCAACUUUGGGCUGACGGUGCAGCAGCUAUGCGACCACUUGGCAGCCGCAAAACUGAAGGGUCAUCUGUCGAAUCCCACCUUGCUUGGGGAAUUAGUGGAAAAGUUGCCAGCCUCAAUUAAGAUGGAGUGGGCCAGGUUCAAAAGGGCGUAUAGUGAACCAACGCUUCAGCACUUCGGCAUGUUUAUGGAGGAGAUAGUUGACGACGCCAGUGAAGUUACGAUCGCCACUCAACAGAAAUCAACCGGUGGGAGAGUCGACAAGGACAAACCGAAGGAAAGGGGACAUGUAUAUUCCCAUGAAGACACGUCGGGAAUGCAGAACCACGUACCAGAGAGACAACCUUGCCCGAUCUGCGGAAAAACAGAUCAUCGUGUAAGAAACUGUGAACGAUUCCAGCAGCUAGGACUCGAAGCUCGUCUAAAGGCCGUCGAACGAUGCAAGUUGUGCGAAGUUUGCUUGUUCGAUCACGGGCAAUGGAAGUGUCGUUCGAGAAUCCGAUGUAACGUUGCCCAAUGCCGGGCUCGUCAUAACCCACUACUGCAUCGCCCAACGCAAGAAUCACGUCAGCGUCAGCUCCGAGCUUCGGAGUGUAAUACGCACGAGCGAACGCAAAGAUCGGUCCUUUUCAGGAUCAUUCCUGUUACACUUUUCAACGGAAAUACGAAAUGUGAAACAUUCGCGUUUUUGGAUGAGGGAUCCUCGCUGACCCUUAUCGAAACUGGCUUGGCGCGUCAGCUUGGUGUCACAGGUGUUCCAGAGCCCUUGGAAUUGCGUUGGACUGCAAGCGUGAUGCGUAACGAGAAGGAUUCAAAGCGUGUGGACCUGGAGAUAGCCGGAAAAGGUCUGCCGAGACGCUUCGUCUUGAAAAAUGCUCACACUGUCGAAGAAUUGAACCUACCCAACCAGAGCCUGAUGUUUGGCGUACUGUCGGAAAGGUUCGCACAUCUCCGGAAUCUCCCCAUAUCGUCGUACUCUGAAGCCACUCCGAGGAUCCUUCUAGGACUAGAGAACCUCAGUCUUUUUGCGCCGCUGGAUAGCUGCGUGGGCCGACCGGGAGAACCAAUCGCCGUGAAGUCUCUGCUAGGUUGGUCUAUCUAUGGACCUGAUGGAAAUGGACAUUCAAAAAAAGGCUUUCUAAACGUACACCAAUGCAAUUGUGACUCCGACCGAGAACUAAACGACCUUGUCCGGCAGCAGUUUGUACUGGAGGAGUCGCUAACCAGGCAAACACCAAUGCUUCAGUCCGCUGAAGAAAAGAGAGCCUGUGAGAUACUGGACAGCACUACAAAGUUUGUGGAUGGGCGGUAUGAAACUGCUUUGCUCUGGAAAACCGAUGAUGUUGAGGUGCCGGAUAGCCUUCCAAUGGCGAUGAAGCGACUGAAAAGUUUCGAGGCUCAAUUAGCCAAAAAUUCGAGUCUACGGGACAGCGUGAACCAGCAAAUCAUCGAUUAUAUACAGAAGGGCUAUAUUCACAAGGCCACGGAAGAAGAACUGGUCGAGAUCAGCAGCAGACAAGUGUGGUACUUACCGCUGGGCUUGGUGACGCAUCCAAAGAAGCAGAAAAAGCGACUGGUUUGGGACGGUAGGGCGCAGGUGAACGGAGUCUCACUAAACUCGCUGUUGCUAAAGGGCCCUGACCUUCUGGUGUCGCUCCCGUCUGUAAUUUGCAAGUUCCGCGAGAAACGCAUCGGAUUUGGAGGCGAUAUCCGGGAAAUGUUUUUACAACUACGAAUGCGACAAUCGGACAAGUAUUUUCAGUGCUUCUUGUUCCAGUUCGAUCCUCGUUAUCCACCUGAAGUGUACAUAGCGGACGUUGCGAUGUUCGGAGCAACUUGUUCGCCCUGCGUUGCGCAGUAUGUGCUACGUGUCAAUGCGGAUAAAUGGGCGAACGAAUUUCCUUUGGCGGCGGAGGCGAUCAAAAAUAAAACCUACAUGGACGAUUACUACGACAGCGCCGAUACUCCUGAAGAAGCGGCAGAAUUAGCCGUGCAAGUACGUACCGUCCAUGCCCGCGGAGGAUUCGAGAUGAGGAACUGGGUUAGCAACAGUGACGAAGUGUUGGAAAAGCUCGGCGAAACUCCGGACAAGGAACCACGUUUGCUGCAAUCUGUCCCGGAAGAAAGGUGGGAACGUGUUCUAGGGAUGUUGUGGCACCCGGAUUCCGAUACUUUGACCUUUUCAACCGAACUGGCGUCAGAGUUACUUCCCUUUGUCUCCGAUAAUAGAAGGCCGACGAAACGCAUUGCUCUUAGGAUCAUUAUGAGCCUUUUUGAUCCCCUUGGCUUGUUAGCACCGUACCUUGUCCACGGACGUACUUUGAUCCAAGAUCUGUGGAGAAGUGGAGUACAAUGGGAUGAGGUAAUGAAGGACGAGGAGUUUGCCAAAUGGACGCGCUGGGUGGAACUGCUACCCGCUAUAAGUGAGCUUAGCGUUCCGCGUUGCUACUUCGCCCUGAUGGAUCCACUGUUUUAUCGAACGCUACAGUGUCACGUUUUCACUGACGCCAGCGAAGCCGGCUAUGGAUGUGCUGUGUACUUCCGCAUUAAGGACGAUUCCGAACAAGUGCAAUGUACAUUGGUUAUGGCGAAAAGCAAAGUGGCCCCCCUUAAGCACCUGUCGAUACCACGGUUAGAAUUGGAAGCGGCAGUGUUGGGGUCGAGAAUGGUAAACACUGUUCUGUCGAACCAUUCUGUACAACCUCGGGACGUGUAUUUGUGGACCGAUUCAUCGACGGUACUCUCGUGGAUUCGCUCGGACCAUAGACGAUACAAACAGUUUGUCGCUCAUCGUAUCGGAGAGAUAUUGUCGUUAACACAAGCUGAGUGCUGGCGAUGGGUAUCAUCCAAGGACAACGUGGCCGACUGCCUGACGAAAUGGGUACGCGACACAGAACCGGAUUCGAAUGGUAGAUGGUUUAAAGGACCAGCGUUUCUCUACCUUCCUGAAGAUGAGUGGCCGCAACAACGAGUGAAGACGAACACUGCCGAAGAGUUGCGAACGAGUUUCGUGUUGGCUCACAUCUCGCUGCCCGCCACGAUUAUAGAUGUUUCAAGGAUCUCGAAGUGGAGCGUAUUACUGCGAACUGUAGCCUGCCUAUAUCGCUUCAUCAGCAACUGUCGAUUGCGCGUUCUUGGGCGGCCAAUAGAAACUAUACCAGCAACUAUAAACCAAAUUAAAUGUCUCAAACGGUCGGUUCCCUCGUGUGGUGUGCCACUGAAGCAAGAAGAGUUCCAGCGAGCAGAGUGCUUUCUAUGGAGAACGGCACAAAGCGAAUGCUAUCCGGAUGAAAUGCGAACCCUGUUGAAGAACCGCGAUCAGCCUGUCGCGGAGUGGAAGUCCAUCGAGAAGAGCAGCCCGCUGUAUAAGCUGUCACCGUUCGCCGACGAAUACGGAAUUGUUCGAAUGGAGGGAAGGACAGCUGCCGCUGCCCACGCGAAUUUCGACGCGAGGUUCCCUAUAAUACUCCCCAGGGACAAUCAGAUUACCCAGCUACUGUUGGAAUUCUACCAUCAUCAAUGCGGCCACGCGAACACAGAAACGGUCGUUAACGAAGUUCGUCAACGUUUCGAGAUAUCGCGUCUACGCUCGGCUGUCGGAAACGUUAGCCGGAAUUGUAUCGCUUGCAAGGUACGCAAGUGUAAACCGUUUCCUCCUCGAAUGGCACCUUUACCCGAACACCGAUUGACUCCGAACGUCCGACCCUUUAGUUACGUUGGCAUUGAUUACAUGGGCCCAUUGGAAGUGACCGUUGGUCGGCGCAGAGAAAAGCGAUACGUAGCGGUUUUCACUUGCCUCGUGGUUCGUGCCGUUCAUUUGGAGGUUGCAUACGAUUUGUCUACUGAAUCGUGUAUUAUGGCUAUCCGGAGAUUCACUCGACGACGCGGAUCUCCUGUUCAAAUCUUCUCGGACAAUGGCACUAACUUUGUGGGUGCCAGCCGAGAACUACAAAAGCAAAUAGCUCUUGGUUGCGCCGGUACUUUCACCGAUGCGCGAACCAAAUGGUCCUUCAAUCCCCCCUCCGCUCCACACAUGGGCGGAGUGUGGGAACGAAUGGUGCGGAGCGUAAAAGAAGGCAUGACUACGUUGGACGAUGGGCGCAAAUUGACCGAUGAAAUAUUGUGGACAACGCUUGUCGAAGUAGAGGGGUUGAUUAACUCCCGACCGCUCACCUACAUGCCGCAGGAGAUGAAUAAUUCCGAAGCCUUGACUCCAAAUCAUUUUAUACUCGGAUGUUCGUCUGGUGCGCACGAGCCUAUGGAACCGCCGGACGACCUCGGAUGUGUCCUGCGGAGUAGCUUCCUAAGAUCUCAGCAGUUAGCGAACGACGUCUGGGAGCGAUGGUCGAAAGAAUAUCUCCCAACCAUCAACAGGAGAACUAAGUGGCUGGAUGAAGUCAGGUCUCUGAAGGUCGGCGACCUUGUCUAUUUGGCAGAAGGCAAAAGAAGAUCGUGGACGAGAGGUAUUGUAGAGGAAGUAAUUUUCGGCAAGGACGGGAGAGUUCGGCAAGCGAUUGUGCGGACACCCACCGGUAAGUUGAAGCGUCCAGUUGUAAAGUUGGCGAUGUUGGAACUUGGUGGAUCUACGGUGGACCCUUCCCUCGAUCCACGGGGCGGGGGGUGUUCUGGCAGCACGGACAAUGACACCCAUCAGCAUCGAUUGCAGAAUACGUGCGAAGCAAAUUGUCAUUCCUUCAGACAAUAGCCAGGGAAACAGAUGCAUGGCGAAUGAAUUGUGCAAAGGCCGUUCCCGUGAGAUUGUUAAUAAGGAAAUAAGGAUAUUUUGUGAAAUUUAUUGAACUAUUGUGUUUGCUAAAAGAUAUCGGGUUAAUGUGCGCUAGGAACGGUACUAAAUGGUGAUUUGUGAAAUAGACUGCUAUUCAAUUAGUACCCCCUAUGUGAGUGGCAUGCUGACUCUCCACUUUAGAGAUUAAGAGAGGAGUAGGUUAUGCUAAUUGUAUGAUUAAUGUUGUAGAUCCAAUAGCCCGACGCCACUUCUGCACAUACGUUUGCAUUAUUCUCUGCCUUUAUAGUAGGAUCAGGUAAAGAUUAUUACCUAAUGAUUAAUCAAAUAGAAUUAUAAUCACUACUUGGUUGUUUAGGUGGCAACGACUAAAUUUCUCUGUGUAGGCUAGAGUCCUGAGCCGGUAAGGAAAGACUAAAUGUACGCACUAUUUGAAUUCCCUUAAAACGUAAAAAUAAAAGUUGCAUUUCUUUUAGCUUUGAGCUGCGCAAAUUAAAGCCUGCUGCGAGAUUUUUUCCUCUACCAACAACCAG